AGGUGUCAAUAACUGUCUGAAGAACUACAAGUAUUCAACUGUACAGAAGUGGCCAAAAGCUCAACGAACGAGAACAAAGUUGUCCUAAAUGAAUCAAAUCCCAGGAUGGAGCCGAAUGGGAAACUUUCAGUGGCGGAGAUAGUGGUUUUAGCCACCAGCUCUGCGCUGACUGCAGUGUUUUAUUCCGUUUACAGAAGCAGAGUUAAAACUGCUACCCGUUUAAAGCAAGCUCAAAAAGUCUCCAUUGAUCAGGAUUUAGAAGCCGUCCUGUCUGAAACUCCUAGGAGAUGCAUUCCAUACGCUGUCAUAGAAGGUUUGGUGAGAUCAGUGAAGGACACUCUUAACAGCCAGUUUGUUGAUGACUACAAAGGCGUCAUCGAGAGGCUGACUGUGAAAGAGGAGAAGUUGGUGUGGAAUCACACCACUCACUUAUGGAAUGGCACAGAGAAAGUCAUCCACCAAUGCACCAACACCGUCCCAUUCGCACUCGGGUCUUACGACGAAAGCGUCUCCACCACAGUGCGGGUUAUGCAUCCCUUAAACGCGGCAGAGCUGGACCUGGAGACCACCUACGAGAAAUUUCACCCCACGAACCAAUCCCUGUUUAACUUCAUCAGACAAUUCAUCAGCGGAGAGCAGCUCAAAGGGAUCCACCAACUGGAGGAGAUGCUGCGCCUGGGCGACGCCGUGACGGGCGUGGGUGAGCUGGUCCUGGACAAUGAUUUGAUUAAGCUGCAGCCGCCCAAGCAGGGCUUUUGUUACUUCCUCACCCGGCAGAACUACGAGUUCCUGCUGAGGAAACAGGUGAAUGCCGGGAGAGUGUGGAGGAUCCUGUCCUACGUGUUCGGGCUCGCCACCUGUUCCAUGCUCCUCUACAUGCUGUGGAAGUGGUACAUUCUGUGCCGGAAGAGAAAGAAGCGGCGGCGCGUCAUGGAGGAGUUCAAGGAGCAGAAGAGGCUCAUGCGUGAGCUCCAGAUAGAGGAGAGCAGCGUCCUCGCCACCAGCUGCGUUGUGUGUCUGAGCCAGGAACGCUCGUUGGUGUUUUUGGAGUGCGGUCAUGUGUGUGCUUGUGACCUCUGCUACCAGGCCCUGCUGGAGCCUAAGAAAUGCCCCAUCUGCAGGAUGACUAUCGACAGAGUGGUGCCUCUUUACAACAGCUAAAUUCGCUGUUCGUCGGAAUUUCUCCGGCUUGAAAAGGGCGCUAACACGAGCAACGAUGACAAGUCACCUACAAAUUUGUAAGCUAAUUCAUAUUGAUUAAAAAAUGGUGUCAUUGGGAGAGAGAAAAUUUAAUCUCUUUGUGCUCAGGCUUACAAAUAUUGAUCCAAUUCUUGGCCCCACUUCUACAACAAUCUGUUGAAAGCAGCAUAGAGGACUUUACACUGGAGGGACUUUACUCUUGUAGUCAUUAAAGCCUUACAUUUGGUCAGCACCUUUCACUCUUUUACUCUCGUUAAAAUUACUGUGAUACUGACUACUUUGGCUGUCAUCUUCAUACAUAAAAUGUGCACUCAACUCUUUUUAAGCUUGGAAAAAUACUGUUUGUGGGAAACGCAAAAAUUAAAGUCGUAAUAACUUGGUUCCUUCAACUAAUACUGGUUGAAAUGCUUUAGUCUUUACUGGUAGGAGCCACCUAUUACUGGCAAAUUUACCUGCUUAAUUGUGCAAAUGUGUAACUAUAUACAACUAGUUACACAUUCAAACUGGGACAUUGUUGUUUGUUUAAAUGUUGUGCCUUAUAUGUGCACAAUGACAUUAAAAGGAAUUUUAAUGCAGGUUUCCUGUCAAGUUCUGGGCUCAGCCU